UGUGAUUUUUCUGUUCAUAUUUUAUAGGCUAAAUUCAGUGCUGUCAUAAGCAAAAAUGCAAGUCAUUUAAUAAGAUUUGCAUUAGUAAUGAGUUGGAGUCAAAUAUGGCUUCUCUUGACCCAGUUUGCACACAAAAUUUGUCUGGGCAUUUCUUUAACUUGGGAGCAAUUGUAUCAAUGACAUACACUUAUAGGUUAAUUCAUUCAUUUGAAGUAUACUUUUGUUUUUCAGAGAACGUAGGAGCAGGUAGGGGUUUGGCAUAACUCGGUAUGACUGUGAUUACAGCCUCUCUCACGUCACACAGUCCUUCAGCCGGAUCCUCAGUGGCAGUAGCACCAGGGCUGUAAUUCUCAUCCUUCCAUGACACAGAUUUUGAUGUCAGUGUGACAUGUAUAAAUUUGCAUAUUACUCAAAAAAGAAAAACGCGGGGAUGCAGAACCCUGCAGCACACCUGGAAUGGCAUGUAUUGCGACUUCUGCAGCAUCCCAGUUGUGGCAAUCCAUACAUUUGUCCAGCCAGUGAAGGAGGUUCCAGAUCUCUUCAGUUAUCCCCUUCUAGUGUUUCUCCUCCCUAAUAACCAGAGGUGUUUUCAUUAAUCUUUGCUGAAACUGCACAGGUUUCUCUUUGCCCUUGUUCUUCGCAGUGGGGAGAGCGGUGACCUUCUGUUCCUUUAAAAAAAAAAUAAAAAAAAUUAUAGUGCCAUCCAUGCUUGGCCCUUCUUUUCCUAGUACUGAAAUUCUAUUUCCUCAGCUCCUCUCCAGGAGUCCCCUUAUGUUUUUGUUGUUGUCUUUGAGAUUCCCAGAAGAGUCGUGUUCAGUGUUGGAUUGUCACAUCUCUCCUAACGCCCUCCAGAGCGCUAUAAUGACCUCCUGUUUUUCCACACUCAGCACUUCUUUAAAAUAACCUAGAUUCAAAUUCAACCUCUUUCGAAUAACUUCAAUCCUGGGGUUAUAUUUAGUUUAUGACCUACUCUAAUGCACAUAUCCUUUUCUGCUGUUCUGCCACUUAGCCAGUUAUCCCGAGUUGCAUUUGUGCAUUUCGUUUCUCCUUUCUAGCUGUGGCUCUUCGUAUUUGUUUUUCAUGCCUGUCAUCUCUCUGACUUCUCAGAGCUCUGUCUCUGUUUUUUCUCCCGAGUGCCUGUGGUAGCUCAGACUGGGGGCUCACUGGGAGACAGAGGUACCCAUAGGUCUGUGUUGUCCGGGAGGAUUGCCCUGACCUGCCACCAGGGCUCCAAUUCAAACAUGAAGAACAGAGAUACUGGCUCACCCACUCAGGUAAAUGCAGAGCAGCCAAGCAAGAACAAGAAUCCUAAUAUAACGUGGCUCUGUGAGGAAGAACCCUUCAGCGACAUAACCACUUCAUCUUACAAGAAACCCCUGUAUGGCAUCUCACACAAAAUCACAGAGAAGAAGAAUGCACCGGGAGCAGAGCAGUUUGCCUCUUAUGACUUGUAUGAAAAAAUCAGCCCCAGCAGUCCCUCGCAUCUUCGGACUUUGAAUGACCAGCGCAAAAGGGACUCUGCUGCAGCCCUCGCUGCAGCGGCUGUUGCUGUCGAGUCUGACCCAAAUAUAUAUUCUUUGAUACAGAAAAUGUUCUUCACACUUAACACUCUCAGUUCCAAUAUGACCCAGCUUCACAAUAAGGUUGACCUUCUGUCUCUGGAGGUGAGCAGAAUCAAAAAGCAAGUCAGUCCAGUGGAGUGUGUGGCAGAUUUCAAGCCUCCCCCUGAGUACACGCUGACUUCUGCUGAGCUCAAACAACUCAUGGAUCAAAGCACAUCAGGUGGAGACCUUGCCUGUCGCUUACUGGUACAACUCUUCCCAGAGCUCUUCAGCGACGAUGAGUUCAACAGGAGCUGCAGUGCCUGUGGCUUUCCUAACAAGAGGAAGCUGGAGUCUCUCCAUCUGCAGCUUAUCCGUAGCUAUGUGGAAGUCUGUUAUCCUUCUGUGAAGAGUACAGCUGUGUGGCAGGUGGAGUGUUUGCCUCAACUGAAUGAUUUUUUCAAUAGAUUUUGGGCUCAAAGGGAAUUGGAAAAUAACCCACAGAAUGUGCAGUCCUCCAGUUUUUACGAGACUGAACAGGUGGAUUCCUCUCAUUUUCUUGAGGAUAAAGAGCAAGAAGAAGCUUUGUCCUUGGACAGGAGUAAUGCCAUUGCCUCAGACUACAUUCUAGAUGCUCAGGAUCUCAAUGAAUUUUUAGAUGAAGCUUCUUCUCCGGGGGAAUUUUGUGUUUUUUUGUUACAUAGACUGUUUCCAGAACUCUUUGACCACAGAAAAUUAGCCGAAAGGUACAGCUGCUAUGGGGACUCUGGGAAGCAACUGCUGGAUCCUCAUCGGCUUCAGAUAAUCCGUAGGUACACUGAAAUUUACUUUCCAGAUGUACAAGAAGAGGAAGCUUGGUUGCAGCAAUGCGUUCAGCGAAUAAAUGAAGAACUUGAAAAUGUAUAUAUGGAUGGAAGUGAAUGUGAUCAGCUGAGAGAUGACUGUUACGACUCUUCCAGUUUACCGGAUGACGUAUCAAUCAUAAAAGUGGAAGACAGCUUUGAAUAUGAAAAACCAGGUAGACGCUCAAAAAAAAUAUGGCUUGUGCCCAUUGACUUUGACAAACUUGACUUUCCCCCUCCUGAUUUUGAUGUCCCUGUUCCCGAUUACCUAUUGAACAAAGAACAGAUUAAAAACAUCUACGAAAGCAGUCUUUCCAUAGGCAACUUUGCUUCUCGGCUGCUUGUUCUCUUGUUUCCCGAGCUGUUUACUCAUGAAAACUUACGGAAGCAAUACAACUGUAGUGGGUCUUUGGGGAAGAAGCAGCUUGAUCCCACUAGAAUUAAAUUAAUUCGGCAUUACGUGCAGAUACUGUACCCAAGGGCAAAGAAUGACAGAGUGUGGAUGUUGGAGUUUGUUGGGAAGCUCGAUGAGAGGUGUCGGCGAAGGGACACAGAGCAACGGCGCUCGUACCAGCAGCAGCGGAAGGUCCACAUGCCAGGGCCCGAGAGGAGGGAGUUCCUCAGCUAUGCAAUAAACCCCGAAAGGUUUCGAGAGGAGUUUGAAGGGCCGCCACUGCCACCCGAAAGGAGCAGCAAGGAUUUUUGCAAGAUACCACUUGAUGAACUCGUUAUUCCUAACCCAGACUUCCCUGUGCCUUCUCCGUAUUUGCUGACUGAUAAGGAGGUAAGAGAGAUCGUACAGCAGAGCCUUUCUGUUGGAAACUUCGCCGCCAGGCUUCUCGUAAGACUCUUCCCAGAACUCUUUACUCCCGAAAAUCUCAGACUGCAAUACAACCAUUCAGGUGCUUGUAACAAAAAACAGCUGGACCCUAUCAGACUGAGACUGAUCCGCCAUUACGUGGAAGCAGUUUACCCCGUGGAGAAAAUGGAAGAAGUAUGGCAUUAUGAAUGUAUACCGAGCAUUGAUGAAAGAUGCCGGCGUCCUAACAGAAAAAAGUGUGACAUACUGAAAAAAGCAAAGAAAGCAAAGAAGUGAGGGGCUCUUUGAAUUCCGAAGACUUUGACCACUAAAUUAUUGUCAGGAUUAUGCUUUGUUUUAGGCUGAAGGGCCUGUCAGGCUGGGGCUGCUCAGCAUCCGGGAGAACUAGGCACUAAGUUUGUUGCAUUUUAACGUGUGUGUUGCAUCUAUGUGGGUACUGCAGCAGUGGGAAGUGGCUUACUAGGUUUGUACAUGGGUAAAGAUCCUAUGUCGUUGGUGACAGAGCUCAUAAUGACUCAUUAAGAGCAUGGCUUUCACUGGUGCAAGUACAUGUAUUGAAACUCUACUAUGCCAUUCCCCAUUUCUGCUUCCCCCUUUUUUAACACUUUUUAAUAAUAAAGUUGUUUUUUUUUUAAAUGUGGUGUUCGUCAGGGGCAGUAUUUCAUUUCACCCUUAUACGCAAUUAUGUUGGUUCAUUUGGAGUUUGAAAUUUAAACUUCAUCGAAAUCUACAAAACUAAUGCUUUUUGAAAGUGCCAUAUUCAUUGAAAUCACUGGAAUGUCUGACUUUGCUUCUAAGUAAAUCACAGCUUUAAUGUGUUUUGUUCUUAUUGAUACUGAGAUACUGAAAAUAGUAAUGCCACGUCCAAGAAUGGAUCAGAGCGGUGUGAUUUCCGUUUUUGACUGUUACUCAUGUUGUGUUUCUAAAAAUUCUAAGAAUUGAAGUAUUGAAGAGUUGAGACGUGAGCAUAGACACAGUGUGAAUGUUUCUUUACGUUGGCACCCCAAGCUUGAUCAUGCCCCUGUGAGUUUUCUUUUUUGCUCAGUGUCGCGGUUCGCGUGACUGAAGGUAGCUUGUGAGAGCAGAGCCAGCAGCACAGACCCAAGCCAUCACCUGUGGAAUGUAUUGCCACUGCCUGCCUGCCUGCUUGCCUCUCUGUAAAACAAGAGUAACUAGAUAAGCAACAAGGACUUUAAAAACUUUUAGAUCUUACUGUAUCAAAAUGACGAUUCCAAAGGUUUCCAGUAUUAAGAUCAAAUUGCAUAAAUCAAAGGUACCUGCAAAGAUUAGUUUUGGGAUGGAAUGAAGUGCUACAGGGUCCCCAUGAAUGAGCUGUUUGCAUCAUUCUUUGCAUCAGCGUGGCACCGUCUGGAUUUUUCAGAUGUAGGGAUAUUGAGCUCGCUCACUUAGCCAAACUGAUUUAGUGUAAUUAGUAGCUAUUUGGAGACAUAAUUGUGUAUGUAUAACUUAGAUUUAUACGGCCAAGUUUGCAUCAAUAAUAUGUUCAUAUGUAACACAAGCCACCCAGAACCCACUGUGACUCUACUAUAUGAUUUAUCACUGGAGAGCACAGCUUUAAAACAACUUUCUUCUUUUUUAAUGGCGAUGUAAAUGAUGAGAGAGUGUCAGGUAUGUAUUUUUGAGUCAGUAGAGUCAGCGACUGACCGUCACUGGAACGCCUCGGAGCAAUUGUUAAUGUUCUCUGUGGUCCUUUUUAAUGGUUCCCAAAUGGGUCAUAGUAUCGAAUUUGAAGUCUGUUCCAGUGUGAUUUUCUAUUUUAGCAUUUGUAAGAAAAUACAAAAUACUUGAUAUUUUUACUUCAGAUUUUUAGAAUUUAUUGCUCUUAGAGUCAUAUUGAUCUCUCCCUUUAAAAAGCAAAAUAACAUUUUUUUCCUAAUGGUGAGUACUAGCAAAAGGAUAGUGUGUUAAACCAGGAGUAAAUCAUAACAGAUUAGCAUUUGCUCAUUUUCCCCACGUGCUAGCAACAUUCUCAAAGAAUGUAUGAAGAAAGUCAUGAAUGUAUUAAACAAUACACUGAUACUGUUUGUAUCCAUCUAAAUGUUUCCUGCUGGUUGAAAUAAUAGCAGACCAUGCACAAGAUGGAUAUUGGAGCUAAUAUGGCUAAAAUAAAAAGAAAACGUUUUACCAAAGAUAAAGAACUGAUACCACAAUGUCUGCAUCUUCUCUUUCAUUUCAGUGCAUAAAUUUAGCAAAUUGAAUGUGCCAGAAACUGAGACCUUCUAAUGUAACUGUAUGCUACCGAGCGCCUCUGUGAAGUCUUUUACGUGCAUUUGUAUGGGAGAUGUAAAAUCACAGAAAAUAUCAACAACCUGUUGUGAAUGCCCCACCAGAUGGCAAGAAACGCAAAGUGUGGCUUUCCCUUAUAAUGAUUUUUUCUUAUCUUGAUGUCAUACGUGCUUUACCACUCAGUGAUGUUGAAGCUCCCAAAGAAGUCGAUAACGUUAAACUGUUGUACCACUGGCAGGUGUUACUAGCUAGCAUGUGAAUUUAAGACGUACUGGGUUUUACUGUAGAUGUUGUCAUUUUGCAAUAUCUCCUGACACGUCAAAAAUCAGCCCGUUUAUCUUACAUACUGAUGAGUGAAAAAGCGAUUUUCAGCUUUUAAAAUGGCAUUUUCAAAAGUGGGUACAGAAAGAUCCUCGCUGUUUUUUCUCUUAACUUAUGUCUAAUGGCUGUGUACAUUCCUUUGUCUCACUGUUCCCAAUCUUCCAUGAUUUGACUGUACGCUUUGUGAAGAAAAUAGAGACAUACAAAUAGUGACAUGGGGUCGCUAAAAAAAAAAGCUCCUGCAGUGCAUCCGAAGUACAGCCACUUCAUCCAGUCGGUCUGUCCUGUAAAUAAAUUAAAGGUAUAUUAUUUUUAUACAA